AGGCGGGCGUGUUCCACCUCAGCCCCAACCGUCUGUCCAGGUGGAGGUGGGCGAGUGGCGAUCCCAGUGGUGUCCCCCGCAGGCGGCCCUGUGGUCCGCCCACUACCGGAAGCACCCCCGCACCCCCGCCGACCUGCAGCUAGCGCCCUGGGUGGCGGAGCGCUACAGCCGCCGGCGCCGGCAUGACGUGGCUCGGCAGUCGGAGGAGCUGUUGCUGCGGCGGCGGGAGGAGGAGGGGGAGGGGGAGGAUGGGGGCGCAGGGGCGGCUACUACCGCCGCCUCCGCCGCCUCCGUCGCCUCCGCCGCCGCGGCUGCUGCUGCCUCCGCAUCCGCAUCCGAGGACCCCGGUGUAACCCCGACUGCUAGUGGUGGUGCGCCUGCUGUUGGGAGGGAUGUUGGCGCGCAUGUGGUUGUCAGUGCUGCUGUUGGGAGGGAUGCCGGGGUGGUGGCAGCUGUUCUUGCAGCGGAGCGGCUGGAUGAGGAAGUGUGUGACAAGGGAAAGUGAGGGCAUAGCGGGUGGUAGUAUAAGGCCAUUAUAGCAUGCAGCUGCUUGUGGGAAUUAUCGUGCGCUAGAGGGGCGGCUGAGAAAGGGAAGGACGGGGGGCCCCUGUUGAGUUGCGCCGUAUUGAGGUGGAGUGGUGAGCGGGUUGGGGCUUGCUGCAGGAUUGGGAUUGCAGUUGUUAUGAAUGGAAGUGCGCUGGAGUUGUGGCCGGGUUGGGGCACGAUCUCUGAUGCAUGAUGACACCGAAUCGUCGUUAUACAAACACCAUUUAGUAAACGGCACCGCAGCCUUACACUGCGGGUUGGACUCGUCCCGUCUUGUCUUUUGUGACGUCAGCAAUCUCUGUGUUUACAACAAGCUGCUAGCUGCUGUCGUACAAGCUCGUUGAUAUCUGGGCGUGAUGAGAAGGGAUAGGUAGGACGAAGCGAAGGACGAAGCGUGAUGAGGGGUCUAUGUUGGGGGCAGAAAGCAGUAAACGGAUGAUACUGUAGACGAAAGCUUUUACAGCUGU